GCUGCCGCCUCCGCCCCACCGGGACCGCCGGCGGGCGCUCCUCCGCCGCCGCAGCUGAGCCCGGCGGGCGGACAGCCCUCUCCGGGCGGCAAAGCCUCGGGGCCGCGGGCCGCCAAACGGCAGCGCUCGGCCUCGCCGGAGCUGAUGCGCUGCAAGAGGCGGCUGAACUUCAGCGGGUUCGGGUACAGCCUGCCGCAGCAGCAACCGGCGGCCGUGGCGCGGCGCAACGAGCGGGAGCGCAACCGGGUGAAGCUGGUCAACCUGGGCUUCGCCACCCUGCGGGAGCACGUCCCCAACGGCGCCGCCAACAAGAAGAUGAGCAAAGUGGAGACCCUCCGCUCCGCCGUCGAGUACAUCCGCGCCCUCCAGCAGCUGCUCGACGAGCACGACGCCGUCAGCGCCGCCUUCCAGGCCGGCGUCCUGUCCCCCACCAUCUCGCCCAGCUACUCCCAUGACAUGAACUCCAUGGCGGGCUCCCCCGUCUCCUCCUACUCCUCCGACGAGGGCUCCUACGACCCGCUCAGCCCCGAGGAGCAGGAGCUGCUCGACUUCACCAGCUGGUUCUGAG